UGCAUCCACAGGCAUGGCCGAUUGCAGCCGGGCUCCGGUAGCCCGGGCGCUCUUGCAGCAGUGUCUGCAUGCCAGGCUACAGGUGAAGCCUCCCGCGUCGGGUUCCGAAGCCGAAUGGGUGGAGAUCCAGCGAGGACUUAUAAUCUAUGUAUGUUUCUUCAGAGGGGCCAAUGAAGAAAUCAUUCCCAAAAUGGUUAAUACACUCCUGAAUGUGAAAUUAAGUGAAACUGAAGAUGGCAAAUAUGUUUCUAUUGUGGAUUUGCCUGGCAGCAUUUUAAUAAUACCUCAAGCCACACUGGGUGGUAAACUGAAGGGAAGACACAUGCAGUACCAUUCCAACAUUGAAAAGGAAAUUGGGAUGGAACUCUAUUCUCAGUUUGUGUCUCUGUGUGAAAAAGAACUGGCUGCCAAUGCCAGAGGUGCCGAGGCUGGUGUUGUUCUCAGGCAUGGGACAUAUGGAAACCGGCAGGUUUUGAAAGUGGAUACAAAUGGACCAUUCACUCAUAUGAUUGAGUUUUGAAAAGUCCGAUCUUUCGAAUGACCAAUAAAAGUUGCUG